AUGGAAUUUCCCAACACUCCUCUCAUCGGCGGUGCAGCUGACAUCCCAGUCAACUCCCCCACUCCCAUCAUGUCUUUCACGCCUGUUACCCUCCCUGCCCAAGACCGCAGAGUCCCUCUCGAUAUCAAGAUCACGGCCCCUGCCACUGGCUCAAACCUCCCCAUCAUCCUCCUCUCCCACGGUCAUGGCCCAAGCAACUACUUGUCCUCGCUCAAAGGAUAUGGGCCCAUCGUUGAUUGGUGGGCUAGCCACGGCUUUGUAGUAAUCCAACCAACCCACCUAAGCUCCAGACAGUUAGGCUACCAACUCUCCGGCGAGAACAUCAGGGAGCUCUUCAUGGAUGAGCGAGUCAAGGAUAUGCACCGAAUUCUUGACAACCUUGACACUAUUGAGGAAACCGUGUCUUUCAUCAAGGGUCGCCUUGACAGAGACAGAAUUGUUGUCGCGGGUCACUCUCUUGGAUCGUUGACGGCCAACAUUCUCCUCGGCGCUGUCAACACUGAUCCUCGCGACGGCGAAAAGAUGCAACUUGCAGAUUCCCGUAUCAAAGCCGGUUUCAUCAUGGGCGCUCUUGGUAACGGAACCACCGAUAUGUCUGAAGCAGGUUCCACCAUGAUGCCAUUUUACAACAUCGACUUCUCCAACAUGAAGACACCUUGCCUUGUGGCGUGGGGAGACUCGGAUGUGAGCCCUCACUUGACAUCCCGUGGCGCAGACUGGCACGCAGACCCCUACACAGAGUCGCCAAGCCCCAAAGCCUCUUGGGAGAUCAAAGGUGGAAAGCACGGAUUUGGUGGUGUCAGCGGCUGGGAUGCGCUUGAGUGCCAGGAUGAGAGUGCUGAGAGACUUGCAGCUGUUCAAAGAGUCAGUUGGUCGUUUUUUAGAAGUCAGCUGUAUCCUGGCGAUGAUUCUUGGGAAAAGGCAAAGAAGGCUAUUGGACAACACGCAGAGAUUGGAAAGAUUGAAGAGAAGUAA